UAGCUUCACAUAGGUCAAAACCACCUACCCACGAAAACAACCCCAAACCAUCCCGGCUAACGUUACGUUCAACGGUGUUGCAUUUAUAUCGUCUACCCAUCGGAAUAUAAGGGAACCUAAAACGAUUUAUUUUGAAAUUAAGAAUAUUUUUCAUGUAAUAAUGUACGCCGGAUAGCUACGCCACAUUCCUCUGAUAGCUACAAGUCGCCAAUGUGAUGUUAUAUGCGGACAGUGACCCAACAUGCCUCCAGGUUGUUUAAGGGCUAUUUGACCAAGACGGAGUGCUGCAUCAGAUGACCUGGCCUCCACAAUCACCAGACCUCGACUCAAUUGAGAUAGUUUGGGAUGAGUUGGACCGCCGAGUGAAGGAAAAGCAACCAACAAGUGCUCUGCAUAUGUAGGAACUCCUUCAAGACUGUUGGAAAAGCAUUCCAGGUGAAGUUGGUUGAGACAAUGCCAAGUGUGCAAAGCUGUCAAGGAAAGAGGCAUACGGGAACCCCAUUGAAGUAAUGAGGUGAAGAAGCACAAAGCAGGCUAAAGCAGCUGGCUACUAGCUACCUUCCAUACUCUGCUAAGUCUGAGACUGGGUCCUCCGGGUGUCCCCAUCCAAUGCUCCUGAAGCGCCAUGAGCCACAGCUGGGGACGAUUUACUACUCCAUAGACUGCCAUAUCUCCUGCAGCCUUUCCCUCUCUGUCCUCGGGCCCCCCCUGGCCCCUUCCCCCCUUCCCCAUUGGCCCAGAUGAAGAAGGUGGGGCAGUGGUCGGCGGAGGAGGUGUCCCAUUGGCUGAGCGAGGAGGGGAUGCAGGAGUACGGCGACUCCCUCCAGCAGGCGGACGGCCCCGUCCUGCUGCGGCUCACCCCGGAUGACUUCCUGACCCCGCCCCUCUCACUGGUCUCAUCAGAUAAUGGGCGGCAGCUCUUGGAACGGCUGGAGACCCUACGGAUCGAGCAUCACAUUGAGGAGCACCAAAAAAACGGCCACGCCAAUGGCCAUGGGAGGCUGCCCAACGGCACUGCCAAGCCCCUGCGGAAAGGUUCGCUGGGGCUUAAUGGCUUCCGGAAGGAGAUGGUCCAAAUCCCCAUCCCCAUGUUGGAGCCUGAACGCUCUGGGUUCCCCCAGGAGUGGGGCAAGACAGGCGUAGCGUUCCUCUACGCAGUCUGCUGCUUUGUCACUACCACUGUGGUCAUCUCGGUGGUCCAUGAGAGGGUGCCGGCCAAGGAGCAUACCCCACCGCUGCCCGAUAAGUUCUUUGACAUUUUUGACCGGGUGGAGUGGGCCUUCUCUAUCUGCGAGAUCAAUGGCAUGCUGCUGGUGAGUCUGUGGCUGCUGCAGUGGACCCUGCUCAAGUACAGAUCAAUAAUCAUCCGUCGGUUCUUCUUCAUUGUGGGUACCCUCUACCUGUACAGAUGUGUCACCAUGUACAUAACCACUCUGCCUGUUCCAGGGAUGCACUUCCAAUGCUCUCCAAAGCUAUUUGGGAACUGGGAGGUUCAGAUGAGGAGGAUCAUAAAGCUGAUCGCCGGCGGAGGCCUGUCAAUCACCGGCUCCCACACCAUGUGUGGAGACUACCUGUACAGCGGCCACACAGUCAUUCUAACACUAUCAUAUCUCUUUAUCAAAGAGUAUUCCCCUAAGAGGUUUUGGUGGUACCACUGGUUCUGCUGGACUCUGAGUGCAGUAGGCAUCUUCUGCAUCCUGCUGGCCCAUGACCACUAUACUGUGGACGUGGUGGUGGCUUAUUUCAUCACAACACGUCUCUUCUGGUGGUACCACACCAUGGCCAACCAGCAGGCGCUGAAAGAGACGUCCCAGAGUAACCCAUUCUCCAGAGUCUGGUGGUUUCGACUGUUCCAGUACUUUGAGGGAAACGUCAAGGGCAUUGUCCCUCGAAAUUAUCAGCUGCCGUGUUCAUGGCGAUCGUCUCCGUGGAGCCAUGGGGUAAAGUACAGCAAAGUGGACACCCAGUGACCCAGGUCACGUGAGGGGUGGGAGCUGAGCGAGAGACCUCCUGAAGUUGUGAUCGUCUGAAGGAGAUGGUGUCGUGUUGCCAAGCCAGUGCUGUUCCCUUGACUUGUUGGGCUCAUUUUAGAAAAAUCCCAGUUCUGGCUAGCACUGUGACCAUAGUCUUACUUUAACACUACAAAUAAUUUUAUUUUGGGAAAGGUUUUUGAAUACUUAGCACACUACUUUGAUCAUGUAUUUUUUGCUUGGGACACUUUGCAAUGUUUCGUUGACUACAGCAGAUCUGGUUAAUAUUUAAAUAUUAUAUUUCGAUUAUUUUUGUUUUUUUGUUUUGACCAUGGCUGUAACAAGUAGUUUAGACUCUUUUCCUCUGCAAAUAAUUUGAGAAAUUCUGGUCCGAUAAGGUCUACCAAGUGCAAAACAUGUCACUGAAAUGUUUAUUUGAUAACCAAAAUGCCAUAUGUUGUCUGGGGGAGUUUUAGAUGCAAAAUAUUUUUUUCUUUUUUAACAAAUUACUUUUUUGUCAACUACAACGUGGCAAUGGUGCAAAAAAAGUUUUUUUCUAACAAUUGCAACUUUAUUUUUCAAAACAAAUAAUGUCCCCAAAAAUAUUUUUAGAUUUGUACCUUUUUCAAGAUUGAAUGCUGAAAGCAGAAGAAUCUGUGGUAUUUAGAAUUGUUCCAGUGCCUUCCUUAGCUUGAUUGUACUAUGUGUCUGUGUUCCUCUGCCUCGCGCGUGUCUGUCUGACUGCCCACAAGGUCGGCAUGAAGCGGUUCCAAACGUUCAAGUCCUGUUCGCAUGAAUGUAAGAAUAAUGAUGCCAGCCUUAUAUGGUAAUUAGUCUUCCCAAAACCAAAAACAUUGAGAUGAGUGAAAUGUCCUGUCAAUUUAUUUAUGUUUUCAUAUGUAAUAUUUUUUUCCAUAGCCGGUGAUGUUAUAGCAGUUAAUGAAGGACCGUUAAGUUGUUUGGUUAUGUCCUAAUCAUUUACUGACCCUUAGCCAGUCUUGACCAUGUUCUAAUCUUGUUCCAAUCCUAUUCUAACCAUGUCCUUGCAAGAUGGUCCUGGAGGGUUUUCAGUCCUCUAACAUGUCAUUAAGACUUUAAAGCUCAUUGACUUGCUAAUAAUCUUGUAUCAAAGGUUAGUUGCUAACUUUGAAAGAAUGAUGGAAACCCUCUGGACCUCAAGGACUGUACUGGAGUUGUGCAGCACACCUACAAGUCUUUGUAAGAGAUACUGAAUCCCUAUUUUGUCAAACAGUGUUCUCGAAACAGACCCAGAAAAUACAUCUUACUGGCUGUUGUCGACUUGGCCAAUAGAGUAGUGUGUUCCUGAAUGCAGCCUGCCAGAAUGUCUUACUGAUAAAUAGGGCCGGAAGGACACCAGUAUCCCUAUUUUUUCCGUUGCAAAAAUGAAAACCCGAAGCAGGCUAACUCUUUGGUCCUUUUAAAAACCUACUGUAUGUUAAAUAUUGUUUGCUAUAGCUCCCGAGUGGCGCAGCGGUCUAAGGCACUGCAUCUCAGUGCUAGAGGUGUCACUACAUACACCCUGGUUUGAAUCCAGGCUGUAUCACAACAGGCCGUGAUUGAGAGUCCCAUAGGGCGGCGCACAAUUGGCCCAGCGUCGUCUGUGUUUGGCUGUUGGAGGCCGUCAUUGUAAAUAAGAAUUUGUUCAUAAAUGACUUGCCUAGUUAAAUAAAGGUAAAUUAAAAUAUAUACAUUUGACUGUAGAUGGCAUCCUAAUGAUGUUUGUUUCUGACAUUAGGACUGUUUUCCUGAAGAAUUGAAUCCCGCUUCGUGCUUUGUUUCCCUGCCACGAUACUGACGAGUAUAUACUGGUAUCGUCCUGGCCCUACUGAUAAAGACAAGCUUCUUGUCAUUAUUUAUCUGUCUUAUUGACAUACAUGUUGAUCUUAAUGCAGUUCAGUGGUGAUAUGCCAUCUUUGAACUUUGUCAAAUGUAUAGGGCUUUUCAAUGUUGACUUGUUUAAAAACAGAAGUUUGAGGCAAAGUGUAUUGGUACUGUCCUGAACUACAUUGGCUGGCAAGUUUGCAAUGCCAAAAAUAGUUUAGUCACAACUAUCUACUAAAGAAGCUGACAAAUUGUACAAAGCCAAUGGUGUUAUCAAGUGGGCGAGGGGGCCAAAUGCACAGUACUGGGGAUCUAAUGUACGGACAAAUCCACACAACAGACAACGUACUGAUUACCAUGAAUGUGAAAAUGGUCUCUAAUGAUCCUCGAUACACUUGUGCAUUAAAAUGAUUGUGUGUUACCAUUCCAACAGCACAACAUGUUUUCUCCUGAAGUAGAGCUGGUUCGAGUAAGAAAUUACCUCAGUUCAGCUGUCUGACUGGAGAGACUGAACUGAUUAUAACAUGGCACUUUCUGUUAUGAAAAUGCAGCAUGGCCCAGUUUAAUAGAACUGAAUGGUGAGACAGGACAGGUUAAUAUAAUGGACCUCAAUUGUAUUUAUUCUUUAAAAAGAGCUCUAGCCUCUAAUCAUUGUUGUACAUUUUUACGUCAUGUUUUUUUUGUGUGUCCUAAAGAGUAUCAGUACUAAAUUGAUAAUGAUGACAUAAUUUGAAUGCUGAAUUGAUGUGCUAUUUCUUCUAUUGAUGAAUGUUUUGACAAAUUGUAAUUUGGCCUCUUAGCUUGAGGAGGAGGCAGCGGUGGUUGUCCUCUAAAGAAAAGGUUGGGAUACCUUCGUUCAAGGGGUAUAAAGUCGUAUGUUUAUGGCUAUAUUAAAAGUGCAUAAACUAAUGAGUUUAACAUGUACCCAUGUGAGACUAAAUGCUGUUCUCAUUGACAGCUGCGGCUAUGUCAAAAAUGUAUGAAUGUGAAUGGCAGAUCAGAUGUCUCUAUAUAGGCUUAUUGAUGUAAACCUCUCUAAAGCCAUCUACAGCUGUAACAUGAGAGGAGUUUGGGGAUAUUCCCCUUGAGCCCCUUCAAUCCAGACUUUUCUCUCUUAAAAAGGAAGCCAGUAGUGGUGGAAUGUUUGAACCAUUUCUGAAAUCCUUCGACGUUUGAUGCACGCACAUUAAGGCCAUAUUUUGACUUGAAGUGCACACGCCUAACUUAAACCAGGCAGUGAAAGUCGGAAUAUGUGCCUUGAUAAAUAUAUAUAUACAGUACCAGUAAAAAGUUUGGACACCGACUCAUUCAAGGGUUUUUCUUUAUUUGUACUAUUUUUUUUACAUUGUAGAAUAAUAGUGAAGACAUCAAAACUAUGAAAUAACACAUGGAAUCAUGUAGUAACCAAAAAAGUGUUAAACAAAUCUAAAUAUAUUUUAUUUGAGAUUCUUCAAAGUAACCACCCUUUCCCUUGAUGACAGCUUUGCACAGUCUUGGCAUUCUCUCAACCAGCUUUAUGAGGUAGUCACCUGGAAUGCAUUUCAAUGACCAGGUGUGCCUUGUUAGAAGUUCAUUUGUGGAAAAUGUUUCCUUAAUGCAUUUGAGCCAAUCAAUUGUGUUGUGACAAGGUAGGAGUGGUAUACAGAAGAUAGCCCUAUUCCAUAUUAUGGCAGGAACAGCUCAAAUAAGCAAAGAGAAAUGACAGUCCAUCAUUACUUUUAAGACAUGAAGGUCAGUCAAUCUGGAAAAUGUCAAGAACUUUGAAAGUUUCUUCAAGUGCAGUCGCAAAAACCAUCAAGCACUAUGAUGCAACUGACUUUCAAGAGGACCGCCACAGGAAAGGAAGACCCAGAGUUCAUUCGAGUAACCAGUCUCAGAAAUUGCAGCCCAAAUAAAUGCUUCAGAGUUUAAGUAACAGAGACAUCUCAACAUCAACUGUUCAGGGGAGACUGCGUGAAUUUAAUUAAAAAUGUUUAAUUUCACCUUUAUUUAACCAGGUAGGCUAGUUGAGAACAAGUUCUCAUUAACAACUGUGACCUGGCCCCGAUAAAGCAAAGCAGUGCGACACAAACAACAACACAGAGUUACACGUAGAAUUAACAAGCGUACAAUCAAUAACACAAUAGAAAAAAAGAAAGUCUAUUCCUUGAAAUGAACAUCCCAAUAAAAUAGAACAAUUAAAUAAAAUCUAUUUCAAUAGCCAUAUGGUAGCACACACACGCCACCUUACACAUCUUUUAGGAGUUAAAGGGUAUGAACUCUUGUGCAAAUGGUGCAGUUAUUACAAUUUAGCAGAUUAACACUGGAGUGGUAGAUGUGCAGAUGAUGGUGUGCAAGUAGAAAUACUGGUGUGCAAAAGAGCAGAAAAGUACAUAACAAUAUGGGGAUGAGGUAGGUAGAUCAGAUGUGUACAGCUGCAGCGAUCGGUUAGCUGCUCAAAUAGCUGAUGUUUAAAGUUAGUGAGAGAAAUAUAAGUCUCCAGCUUCAGCGAUUUUUGCAAUUUGUUCCAGUCAUUGGCAGCAGAGAACUGGAAGGAAAGGCGGCCAAAGUAGGUGUUGGCUUUGGGGAUGACCAGUGCAAUAUGCCUGCUGGAGCGCGUGCUACGGGUGGGUGUUAUUUGUGACCAGUGAGCUGAGAUAAGGCAGAACUUUACUUAGCAUAGACCUAUAGAUGACCUGGAGCCAGUGGGUCUGGCAACGAAUAUGUAGCGAGGGCCAGCAGACUAGAGCAUAAAGGUUGCAGUGGUGGGUGGUAUAAGGUGCUUUGGUGACAAAACGGAUGGCACUGUGAUAGACUGCAUCCAGUUUGCUGAGUAGAGUGUUGGAGGCUAUUUUGUAAAUGACAUCGUCGAGGAUCAGUAGGAUACUCAGUUUUAUGAGGGUAUGUUUGGCAGCAUGAGUAAAGGAGGCUUUGUUGCAAAAUAGGAAGCUGAUUAUAGAUGUUAUUUUGGAUUGGAGAUGUUUAAUAUGAGUCUGGAAGGAGAGUUUACAGUCUAGCCAGACACCUAGGUAUUUGUAGUUGUCCACAUAUUCUAAGUCAGAACCAUCCAGAGUAGUGAUGCUAGUCGUGCGGGCAGUGAACGGUUGAAAAGCAUGCAUUUAGUUUUACUAGCGUUUAAGAGCAGUUAGAGGCCACGGAAUGAAAGUUGUAUGGCAUUGAAGCUCGUUUGGAGGUUUGUUAACACAGUGUCCAAAGAAGGGCCAGAUGUAUACAGAAUGGUGUCGUCUGCGUAGAGGUGGUUCAGGGAAUCACCCGAAGCAAGAGCAACAUCGUUGAUAUAUACAGAGAAGAGUCGGCCCGAGAAUUGAACCCUGUGGCACCCCCAUAGAGACUGCCAGAGGUCUGGACAACAGGCCCUCUGAUUUGACACACUGAACUCUGUCUGAGAAGUAGUUGGUGAACCAGGCAAGGCAGUCAUUUGAGAAACCAAGGCUGUUGAGUCUGCCGAUAAGAAUGCGGUAAUUGACAGAGUCGAAUGCCUUGGCCAUGUCGAUGAAGACGGCUUCACAGUACUGUCUUUUAUCGAUGGUGAUUAUGAUAUCGUUUAGUACCUUGAGCAUGGCUGAGGUGCACCCGUGACCAGCUCGGAAACCGGAAACCAGGCCUUCGUGGUUGACUUGCUGCAAAGAAACCAUUACUAAAGGGCACCAAUAAGAAGAACAGACUUGCUUGGGCCAAGAAACAUGAGCAAUGGACAUUAGAUCGGUGGAAAUAUGUCCUUUGGUCUGAUGAGUCAAAUUUGAGAUUUUUGGUUCCAAAAAUACAGAUCUCCUUAUGUGUGGUUCCCACCGUGAAGCAUGGAGGAGGAGGUGUGAUAGUGUGGGGGUGCAUUGAUGGUGACACUGUCUGUGAUUAAUUUAAAAUUCAAGACACAAUUAACCAGCAUGGCUACCACAGCAUUCUGCAGCGAUAUGCCAUCCUAUCUGGUUUGUGCUUAGGCUGUGUUAGGGCUAACACCUCCAGGCUGUGUUAGGGCUAUUUGACCAAGAAGGAGUAUGAUGGAGUGCUGCAUUCGAUGACCUGGCCUCCACAAUCACCCGACCUCAACCCAAUUGAGAUGGUUUGGGAUGAGUUGGACCGCAGAGUGAAGGAAAAGCAGUCAACAAGUGCUCAGCAUAUGUGGGAACUCCUUCAAGACUGUUGGAAAAUCAUUUUCAAGUGAAGCUGGUUGAGAGAAUGCCAAGAGUGUGCAGAGCUGUCAAGGCAAAGGGUGGCUACUUUGAAGAAUCUCAAAUAUAAAAUAUAUCUUGAUUUGUUUAACACUUUUAUGGUUACUACAUUCCAUAUGUGUUAUUUCAGAGUUUUAUUCUACAAUGUAGAAAAUAGUCAAAAUUAACAAAACCCUUUCAAUGACUACUGUAGGUGUGUCCAAACUUUUGACUGGUACUGUAUAUAACACAUUUUUUGUCUCCUGGCCAUAGUUUGGGAGAGAAGUUAGUCCAUGGUUGCAAACUAAGCUGGAAAAACAUUUUUAUUUUAGAAUAAUGACAGCUAACGUAAUUAUGUAUGUUUAAUUUGUGUGAAUCAACAAUACAAUUUUUCAUGUGUUUCUUUUGUGUAUACCAGAUAAGCUAUGAUAAAUGGAUAGGACAGAUAAUUAUAUCUGGGAGGCUUUCAAAUAAAACAAUUUAUCAUUCAG